UCGGUACCAAAUAAGGGCAUGAGCUCGACCGCUUGACGUGACGUCAGUGAGGUGGCUGGUGGAAUAAAGGAGUCUUUCGCUCAGAAGCGGGAGCAGAGGUACGGAGAAAAUUAACUGUAGUGUAGACCGUAAUCUCGUUACAUAACCCUUUCGUCUGUUCACACGCAUUAAUCCGUUUCUCCUCAGAGCGAAAACACUUGUGGCGUUUGUCAGAGCGAGGGACCUCAGAUACAUUUCUGUUUUUUUUCCAAAAUGAGGACAAACAUUCAUUUUAUUGAGCCACUAGAAUAAAAUAAUCUUCCUUAUAGUGUAUAUGCUUCUGUAUGUCCAGCAGUGUGGUGAUGACGAUCCGUUGACGCGGUUUCCAACAGAACGCCAGGGAAGAGAGAGGGAGAGAGAGAGAGAGAGAGAGAGAGAGAAGGGAAUCAAGGCGACAUAGCACAAGACUCACCUUGUUUGGGUUUCAAAGCCGAAGCAGAAUAAUAUUUUCAAAGAUAUCCAAGCGCCUCUGCAGACAUGGAGGGGGCGAGUUUGGCACACGGGGUCGCGAGCCCGUUAAGCCCGCGCGAGGGCAUGAUCAAGAAUGUGAGCCUGGAGUCGCUCCAGCUGUGCGAGAGAGACGGUAAGGCUGAGGAUCCCAGGGUGGUAGGAAUGGAGUUACCCGUUGCUCGCAACAUUAAGAUCAGUAACAUCACCUGCGACUCCUUUAAGAUCUGCUGGGAUAUGGACCCUCACACCACAGAGAAGAUCACACAUUACUUCAUUGACCUUAACAAGAAGGAGAACAAGAACUCCAACAAAUUCAAACACAAGGAUGUGCCUACGAAGCUUGUUGCUAAGGCAGUCCCGUUACCCAUGACAGUGCGAGGCCAUUGGUUCCUGAGUCCACGGACAGAAUACACAGUUGCUGUGCAAAUAGCAUCCAAACAGACGGAUGGAGACUACGCUGUAUCAGAAUGGAGUGACAUUGUUGAAUUUUGUACAGCAGAUUAUUCCUCGGUGCAUUUGACGCAGCUGUUGCAGAAGGCUGAAGUCAUCGCUGGCAGGAUGCUCAAGUUCUCUGUCUUUUACCGGAAUCAGCAUGAGGAAUACUUCCAACACUGCAGAGAUGUUCUUGGCGGUCGAAUGAUGCCCUCGGUAAAGGAUAACAGCGGUAGUCACGGUUCACCUCUCAGUGGUAAACUGGAGGGGAUCUUCUUCAGCUGCAACACUGAGUUUAACACAGGUCAGCCGCCACAGGAUUCCCCAUAUGGCCGCUUCCACUUCCAGAUUCCCGCAGAGAUUCUGUUUAACCCUGAUACGCGCCUCUACUUCGGGGACUUCUACUGCAUGUACACUGCCUAUCAUUAUGUUAUCCUCGUCCUGGCUCCCCGGGGCUCACACGGAGACCUUUACUGCAGAGAUCGCCUUCCGGAGCUGGAUGUGACGAACAACCGCUUUCUGACACGUGUCUGUGGGGAGGAUGGGCGGGUGGUGUUUCAGCAUGCACAGGAUGUGAUUCUGGAGCUGAUUUAUACUGAGCCGGUGCCGCUGGCACAGGGGACAGUCUCUCAGAUCAGCGGCCACCAGUUGAUGAGCUUGUCAACUGUGAAUGCUAAGAAAGACCCCAGCUGCAAGACCUGCAACAUCAGCGUUGGGCGCUAACUUGGGUGAACAUUCACACAAAAACCCAAUUGUGCAUAUGACAAGAAGACCUCCUGAACAACCUUUGAAUGCUAUGUUACAAAACAAGAUACAGAUGCACUUCAAGACAAAAUGACCCCAGAAUCCUUUCAGAUAUGCCCACGUAGCACUCAAACCCCUUUGGGGGGUUCUCACAGACCCCCAACUAAUGCUAAAAAAAUUAUAUCUUUGUUCAAUGAACUAAGAAGUGUUAUAAAAAGGGUAUCAGAAAAAAAAUAGAAAAGAAUUAGAAAAAAUAUAAUAAAAAUAAAAAAUAAAGUUUUGAAUUGAGAAAAGAUUGAGAACAAAGAGUAAAGCUAAAUUUCCAAAACCUUUAAUCCCACUGUGAAAUUUUAAUGUGUUUUUGGUGCUUUUUCUGAUUGCUUUUCGGACCCCAGCUCUAUUUAUCUCCAAACCAUUUGUGACUUUUUUUUUAUACACACAGUGACUUUCAGACAGGUAUGUCUUGCUCAGUUUCCGCUGAGGCUGUCAAGCUGCCCGUCUCUCUUAUGUUGGACUUGUGCUGCAUGAAGUCUGAUCCUUUAAGCAUCUACAUGCCACCUCAGCCUUUAAACCUUCUAUAUGGAGAUUUUCUUCAUUUACACAGAUACAUCCUGUGGUCUGCGUGUCCACUGAGCCCCUAUUCACCCAUGCCACUCGCCUCUGAGGACUUCUUCUGCAUGUAUACUGCCUAGCAUUACAUUAUCUUGAUGGAUGUUACAAAAAACGAAUGCUUUAAGAGUUUAACGCCAACUGAUCCUUUAAGCACCUUCAUGCCACCUCAGCCUUUUAAACCUUCUCCUUUAUCCUCAAUCUUUUCAUUUUCUACUCUGAUCGCAGUUCUCCUUUAACCUUUCUUACUCUUAAACAUGGUUAUUUUGAUGUUCUUGUUAUAUUGUUCUUGUUUUGUUUUUAGAGACUGUGUGAUGCAGUAUUAAUGGUGUAUGAUGAUUCCUGAUAGAACAUCAAGCAGUAAGUAGAAAUGAUUUGUAUACAAUAUAUCCUAAACAUAUCCACUGGACAUAUCCACAGCUAUGUCCAGGUUCUUGAGGAGUUUGCACUGUUCUAUCAGAGACUGAUGGUUUCGUUCUUGCACCCUCUGCUGGUGAAAAUUCAAAUUUCACAUAUGCAUGUUUAGAAUUUUGUGCUGUUCUCUAUCUGAACUUGUUACUUACUCCUUAAGAUCCAAAAAUAGAAGCCAAUCAUGGCAGACAUGGAUGCACACUAUUUUUUU